AUGGAGUCGGCGCAGCUCAGUCUGGCACAGGGCAACAACAAGUGCCUCGACAGUGCUGACCUGGCGUUCCAGAACAUAGUUGCAAAGGGACUGGGACUAGACCCGAAUAAGCGCAUUUUGGCGUUCAAGGCAGAGGCGCCGGGCAGCGAUAAGCCCGACUUGCGGCAGACGCACGGCCAGCUAGCCUUGAAGUCAUCUGCAUCGACGUCAACUAAGCGCCGUAUUCUGAACACCCCCGAGCGCGUGCUCGAUGCGCCUGGGCUUAUCGAUGACUACUAUCUCAAUUUACUGGACUGGUCGUUUGGAAAUGUCCUUGCAAUUGGGCUUGAACAGAGCGUUUACAUGUGGAAUGCGAGCUCGGGGGAUGUGAGCAACCUCUGCCAGCUCGAGGGUGAGGAGUACAUUGCGAGCAUCAAGUGGUCAGCGGAUGGAUCAUAUCUGGCCAUUGGCACCAGCGAGGGCGACGUGCAGAUCUGGGAUGCUGAGUCGCAGACCAAGAUCCGUACCAUGUCGGGACACCAGGCACGCGUCGGAGUCAUGUCCUGGGACAAACACAUUGUAUCAUCUGGGUGCCGUGAUGGCAGCAUCUGGAACCACGACGUGCGUGUAUCUAACCACAAGGUUUCUGAGCUGAUCGCGCAUGAGAGCGAGGUAUGUGGGCUGACCUGGCGCUCCGAUGGCAAUCUGCUGGCCAGCGGCGGUAACGACAACUUGGUGAAUAUAUGGGAUGCCCGCUCGAAUGUGCCCCGGUUCUCCAAAACACAGCAUACGGCGGCUGUUAAGGCGCUGGCAUGGAGCCCGCAUGAGACCAACCUGCUUGCCACAGGUGGCGGGUCGUACGACAGACAUGUUCAUUUCUGGAACACCACUACGACGGCACGGCUGAACUCGAUCGAUACUGGGUCGCAGGUCACUUCCAUUCAGUGGUCGACAGAGUAUAAGGAGCUGGUUACGUCGCAUGGGUACCCGCACAACCACCUGUCGAUUUGGAGCUACCCGUCGUUGUCAAAGGUGGUGGAUAUCCCGGCACACGACACACGGGUUCUGCAUACGGCUCUGUCUCCGGACGGCCAGACACUAGCCACUACUUCGAGCGACGAGAGCUUAAAGUUCUGGCGCCUGUUUGAGACGCGCGGAAAGACAACGAGGUCAAGAAAGGGGUCGCCGUCGUAUGCAACGGCAGGAUCGAAUGUCAAUGCCAAUACCAGCUCACUGGGUAUGUCGCGCCCCUCGUAUAUCCGAUGA